GGUACGUUACGUAUAAAAUUAGUUGUGCAUUAGUCAGUUCUCCGGUUUAGUUUAGUUUGCUUCAAAAACCAUUUGCGGAGUCGUCGUCUUCUUCCUCUUCCCCAGAUUCACUUCCGUCUAGAAGAUUCACAUCAGUGUUGUUUCAGAGAUGGAUUGGCAAGGACAGAAACUAGCGGAGCAGUUGAUGCAGAUCCUGCUCUUGAUCGCCGCCGUUGUGGCGUUCGUCGUCGGUUACACGACGGCUUCGUUUAGGACGAUGAUGUUGAUUUACGCAGGAGGUGUUGGUGUCACGACGUUGAUCACGGUGCCAAGCUGGCCUUUCUUCAACCGUCAUCCUCUCAAGUGGUUGGAUCCAAGUGAAGCAGAGAAGCAUCCUAAACCCGAAGUCGUUGUUAGCUCCAAGAAGAAGUCAUAUAAAAAGUAGAAACUGCAUUUGUAAUCUCUCUUUUUUUCUAGACCUUUUGAUAUAAAAAAAAGACAUGUUCUGGAUUUUGCUUAUAAAGCUUAUGAAUAAUAUAAUAGUCUAAAUGACAUAAUAAUUUUGAUUGA